ACAACCCCAUUUUCCACAUAUAUAUAUAUUUAGGGAAGUUUCCUUUUCUGAUAUAUUUUCUUCACAACAGUUCUCGUUCUUCCCUCUUUCAACAUUCAAUCAACUGUUAUUUCAUCGUGCCCCUAAAUCUACGCCUACUAGGGUUUCUUCACAUUUUUGCCCUCUCAUUUUGUCUUCGUGGACAUAAUUGUUGAGUCAAUUUUUUCCAAGUUUACCUUUGCAAAGCUGGGUAAUUAAGGUCAGAUAACUUGUUUAGUCAAUUAUUAGUUAGGUAAGGUAAUGCAAUUAUGAUUUGUUGUUUUUACCCAUUGAGAGCUUGGUGUUUCUGACAUUCGUUUUAUAUAUAUUAUUAUAAUGUAAGAUGAAGUGGUUGGGUUUUUAGGGGAUAUUGUUUGUGCUUAUUAGUUAGGUAUAUAUAAUGAUGAAGAGAUUGAAAAAUGAAGCUUCAAGUGUGAGAAGGUUCAAAUUGUCGUAUAUUUUACUGGGUUUAGCUGCAUUUUACUUGGUCCUAAUCUGUGUGAAGUUUCCGGAGUUUCUUGAAAGCGCUGCAGUUUCGAGUAGUGAUGAUAUUAAUGUGGCUAUAGAUGUGGAGGAUGAUAGUGGAAGUGGAGAAUCCGCUUUAUUUCAUAAUAAUGUAAGGGAAUAUGUGACACCGCGAGAGGAGGAAAAUGAAGUAUCUUUGGCACAUAAAGAGCCUCGUAAGCUUCAUUAUGGUCGAAUUACUGCAGCUAUACUGAAACGACGGAAUAUGGAGCGGAAUCUUUCUGUUUUGGAUAGAAUGGCGGAUGAAGCUUGGAAUUUAGGGUCGAAAGCUUGGGAAGAAUUGGAUAAAUAUGAGGAGAAGGGGAUCGAGAUGAAUUCAAUACUCGAGGGAAAGCCGGAGUCUUGUCCUUCGUGGGUUUCGAGUAGGGGAGCAGAAAUUGCUAAAACAGAUCAUAUGAUGUUUCUACCAUGUGGGCUUGCAGCAGGUUCGUCGAUAACACUUAUUGGUACUCCUCAUUAUGCCCAUCAUGAGUAUGUACCGAAGCUUGCUAAAACAAGGGAUGGUGAUGCAUUAGUCUUGGUUUCACAAUUUAUGAUCGAGUUACAAGGUUUAAAGUCCGUGGUUGGUGAAGAUCCACCAAAGAUUUUGCAUCUGAAUCCUAGAAUAAGAGGAGAUUGGAGCCGUCGACCAGUGAUCGAGCACAAUACUUGCUAUAGAAUGCAAUGGGGAACAGCUCAUAGGUGUGAUGGUUUACCCUCCAAGUAUGAUGAUGACAUGCUUGUUGAUGGAUUUUUGAGAUGUGAGAAGUGGAUGCGGAAUGACAUUGUUGAUACCCGAGAGUCGAAAAUAUUCUCAUGGUUUGAUCGAUUCAUUGGACGUGCAAAGAAACCAGAGGUGACAUGGCCUUUUCCAUUUGUGGAGGGUAGGAUGUUUGUUAUGACUAUUCGUGCUGGUUUUGAUGGCUAUCAUAUCAAUGUAGGCGGGCGGCAUGUGACUUCAUUUCCAUAUCGAACUGGCUUCACACUGGAAGAUGCUACAGGGUUGGCAAUCAGAGGUGAUGUAGAUAUACAUUCGGUUUAUGCGACAUCUCUUCCAACCUCUCAUCCUAGUUUUUCUCCCCAAAGAGUGCUGGACUUCUCAGAGAAGUGGAAAUCUCUUCCUUUACCCCGGAAUCACAUUCAACUUUUCAUUGGGGUGCUUUCUGCCACCAAUCACUUUGCUGAGCGUAUGGCUAUCAGGAAAACAUGGAUGCAGGCUUCAGCCAUCAAGUCUUCAGACAUAGCAGUCCGCUUCUUUGUUGCAUUGAAUCCACGAAAGGAGUUGAAUUCUAUACUGAAGAAGGAAGCAGAUUACUUUGGGGACAUUGUGAUUGUCCCCUUUAUCGACAGAUACGAGCUAGUGGUUCUAAAAACUAUUGCCAUCUGCGAGUAUGGGGUUCAGAAUGUGACAGCUGCAUAUAUCAUGAAAUGUGACGAUGAUACUUUCAUCAGGGUAGAUGCAGUCCUGAGAGAAAUUCAACGUGUUCCUCCUAGACGAUCUCUUUACAUGGGCAAUCUUAAUCUCUUGCAUAGACCACUUCGAACAGGAAAAUGGGCCGUAUCAUUUGAGGAGUGGCCAGAAGAUGUAUACCCACCUUAUGCUAAUGGACCAGGAUAUGUAAUUACAAGUGAUAUUGCCAAACAUAUCAUUUCUCAAUAUCGGAACCAAAGCUUACGGAUUUUCAAAAUGGAGGACGUGAGCAUGGGUAUGUGGGUUGAGCAUUACAACAGUUCAACUCCUGUACAGUACUCUCACAACUGGAAGUUUUGUCAAUAUGGAUGUAUGGAAAAUUAUUUCACGGCUCAUUAUCAGUCUCCACGACAUAUGUUCUGUCUGUGGAACAACUUGCUCAAGGGUAAGGCUCAUUGCUGCAAUUUUUAGAUUUGAUGUGAGCAUCUACCACCGAUUGAUAGGCGCCCGUGCCCAAUUUGAAUUGAAUCAUCUUCUUCCUAACUGGAGAUAUUUUGCCAAGAAGUGAAGUUGUGUUGUUGUAUCAGUUCAGAUGGCUGUUUUAGUUCAACAAAUUAUUUAACACCGGACAUUGGUCGUCGCCGUGGAUUUGUACAUGUGGAUUUAUUUACUGUGUACUAGUCAUUGUAUAGGAUUCCUGCCUCCUCCAUCUUGUACCAUGAAGAACAUACAUAGAUUUGAUAUUCAGCCGAGCCUCACUACCAAAAAUUUGGGUUGGGGCCUUCACUUAAAUGUUUGCUCUGAACGCUUUAUAUAUGAAGCUUUUCCUCUGGCAAUGUUGAAAAUA